AAGAAUGUCGAUGAACAGCGCAAACGCCUCGCCUAGGCGUAAAAACUUUGUAGGACGACAAAACUCGUUACCUACAUACGAACAAGCUACGGAAAAAGUUUUGCAAGAGACAUUUAUACAAACAUUAGCUGCUGUUCCUUCCUUGGAUUCUGAUACACAGGCUCAACGUUCUAACAAUAAUAGAACAAUUAAUAAUACAUCUUUCAAUGGAACGACAACAACUCAGUUUUCGUCAAGAAAUCAAGAAUUGGGUCGACGUAUGCCAGAGCCUGCAAUGGUACACUAUCGAAAUUAUCGUGUAUGGAAUAUGGGUCAGCCUGCUUCAACAAAUUAUACAAAUCUCACACCAGUUGAGAAAGAAAGUAUGCUGGGUUUUCACAUCGUAGGAUUCUUAAUUAUCAUCAUGAUCGUAUUAUUGUUAAUUGUAUUUAUCACAAAAGUAAAGAAGUUGGCGAUGUUUAAUUAAAGUACAUCGUAGUCCAGAUAAUAAAAUAAGUACGUAGGAAAUUGAGCAAAUAAUUCUUGCGUGACACUAAUAAUGAGUCACGUUAAGAGUGACGUACAGUUUUCCGAUAAAUUAUGUCUCGUUUUACAAAGGUGGCUUGACAUUUUUUAAUUUCGCUGAAUAUGUGUACAAAUCUUCGUAAACCACACCCAAGACGAAAUCUUAAAAGCAGAUUCUGAGACGAAGUUUGCUUUCGACUGAUUUUCAUGUUUUCACUAUGUAUGCACCUGAAUUGGCAGCUGUAUUAGUACCUACUCAUUUCAGAUAGUAAAAUGACUUUUAAAAUGUUAAACAUUCACUUAUGGUUGAAACAAGAAACGAAACGAUCGCUCGCUCGCGAUCAGUCAUUCUUGAAUUAGGCAACCGUAAACAAACACUCCGUCCGUAAUCUAUUGAAUGAUCUCGGCACGCACCAACAUUUUUUUUCUAAAUAAAAUUUAUCAGCGUAAAUGCUAAUAUGCUGCCAAAUUCGAUUCUACUAGUGUUGACGACGAAUAAGAUAUCGUCUAGUGACAAAAAUGAGAUUUAUAUUUAUUUUUGCUGCACGAUGAAAAAUAAGAUUGCCAUCGAUAAAUACUUUUUAUAGUUUGGUAAAUUGGAAGAAACGUUCUUUUCAAAGUACAACUUUGCAAAACUAUAAGAUUGCUUGAUACCUCCAGUAUUAUUUAUAAUUACUUUCAUAUUUUAUUAUAUAUAAUUACUAUAUAUAUAUAUAUAGUAUGUUAAUAACAAUUGUAGACUACGUAUUCAAUUGUUAUUAAUUAUUUUAACUUCUGUUGUAAUACUAAAAGUCUAUUAACUUAUAUUAAUUAAUGUGUAAUCUAAGAGAGAAAUUUGUAAGAUGGGAUUAGUAAAAACGUUCAUUCAUUUCCUGUUAUGAUAUCAAUACUAUAAAUGUUAGAAAAAUUAGUGUUCUACAUUUUUUGUUUUUCUUUUGCGUGUUCAUUUAAAAUUUUAACUCAGAGAUUACAACUUGAAUGAACAAUGAAAUGAAAAAAAGUGUCUAUCGAAUUCUUUUUUUAUCCACAGUAAUAACUCAUUAUCAUAUAUCACCAGGCCAGACUAAAGAAAUUUAUUCCUCUGCUGGGUUACACCAUACUUAUUGUGUAAGUUAUUGUAAAAUUUUGCUUAGACAGAUUAUACAAUACUCUGGUUAAUAAAUAAAUAUAUACUAUGUAUGCGCGUAUCUCGAUCCUAUGUAAAUA